AUGUUGUUGGCGACGAAGCCGCGCGAGAAGUGCUGCCAUUCCAUCACAACGAUCGAUGUACUCGACGUCAGACUACGGCCUGGUGAAAAGGUCACACUUUGGAGGCCUCUUCAAUCGCUAGGGGCGUCGACCCAGGACUCCAUCGACAACGACGGCAACCACGGCUCCGGAGAAAUCCAGAUAGCUGUCACGUACAACACGGAUGACUGCGUAGCUCAAGGGUGA